UAAUAUUUCAAAUUUCAGAACUCAAUCAUGGAAAAAAAAUUAUUAUAGAUUUUUUCCACUCAUGGGAGAUAGUUAUUUUUGAUACUUUUAUUAUAAUUAUCUAGACGCCAAAUUAAUUUAUGAUGGUGACGAAAGACAGUAACACGUGUGGCAAAUUUUCUGAUGAUUUUUUAUUUUUUAACUGACAUAUUCAAUGAUAAUUAAUUUUAAGACAGAGAAUCAAUAAACCAAAAUGAAUGUGUAGUUAAAAAUAAUUUAAACGUCAUUGUGAAAAAAUCAAAACUCGCUACUGGUAUUUUGUAAACCAAAAUAUUUUUUUUUCAGUGAUUGAUAAUUAUUGGAGCACAAUGAAUGGAAAAAAAAUUUUAAGGUUAUACUCAGCCGGUGAAUUGAUACUGAAAAAUGGAAAAAGACUAUAUUCAAGUAGAAACAUCCUCACUCUUCAUGACAGAGGAAUGUUACAGGAUUUAUUUCCAGCAACAAAUGCACCUGAGAUAAAAAAUCUUUUGGUAAAGCAGCCGCAGUGUGUCUACGCAGGGUUUGACCCCACUGCGGACAGUCUUCAUGUUGGUAAUCUAUUGGUCCUGAUGAAUUUGCUCCACUGGCAACGAGCUGGUCAUCAAGUCAUAGCUCUGCUGGGUGGAGCAACUGGACAAAUUGGAGAUCCAAGUCAUCGGGCCUCAGAAAGAGAUGAAAUGAGUACUGUAGUACUCAGACAAAACGUCGAGUCAAUAAGAAAAAAUAUCGAGACAAUAUUUGACAAUCACGCAAAAUAUAUAUGGAAGGAUGCUGGUGACAAAAUAAAAACACCAAUUGUAUUAAAUAAUUUAGAUUGGUACAAAAAUUUAAAUGUAAUUGACUUUAUACGCGGUGUUGGAAAGUACUUUAGAAUGGGGACCAUGAUGGGAAGGACAUCAGUCCAAGCUAGAUUGAAUUCCGAGACUGGAAUGAGUUUUACUGAAUUUUCAUACUCAGUAUUCCAAGCUUACGACUGGCUGUACUUGUUUAAUAAGUACAAAUGUUCAUUCCAAGUUGGCGGCAAUGAUCAAAUGGGAAAUAUUGUCUCCGGUCAUGACUUGAUUAGUAGAACAACUGGAAAAACAGUUUAUGGACUCACCGUUCCAUUAAUUACCGCCGAAGGUGGAAAAAAAUUUGGCAAAUCAAUCGGCAAUGCUGUCUGGUUAUCACCAGAAAGGUCAUCGAGUUUCACAUUCUAUCAGUUCUUUGUCAGAACUACCGACGCAGAUGUAGAAAACUUCUUGAAAUAUUUUACAUUCUUACCGUUGAAGGAGAUCAAACAAAUAAUGAUCAAACACCAGCAAUCACCAGACAAAAGGGAAGCUCAGAGAAUUUUAGCGGAAAACGUGACGUUGCUGGUUCACGGCCAGAGUGGCCUAGAUGAAGCCAUCCGCUCUUCUAUGAUUUUAUAUGACACUUCAAUCGAAUCUUUGUCUAAAUUAGACUCAGAUGAAGUUAUAAAUGCAUUUGGGGGUGCUAAAGUAUCAGAGUUGUAUCCCCAGCCCGGUCUCACGAGCUACGAACUCGCUAUGAAGAUAAACUGUUUUAAAACAGACCGUGACGCGCUGAGGAUUAUCCCCGCUGGUGGGUUUUAUAUUAAUCAUAGCAAAGUUACAAAUGUCAAUGAAGUCAUCACACCUGGAAUCCACAUACUGCCGAACAAUUUGACUAUUGUAAGAGUUGGCAAGAAAACUUAUCAUGUGGUAAAGUGGUUAGCGUAGUAUGUAAAUAUAUUUAUACAAUAAAUAAUUACUAAGAGUACUUUUAAAUUAAA